GCUUCGUAAGGGAGUUGUUACCGAGUCUGUCAAGGUGAACUAACUGGUGGGUGUAGGAAGGAAAUUUGGAGAGGUCCUUAGUUGAUAAAGAAGGCAGCAAUGAGUUCCGGGAUUCCUUAUAUCGGCAGUAAAAUUAGUCUGAUAUCCAAAGCUCAGAUUCGCUAUGAAGGCAUCUUAUACACCAUCGAUACGGACAACUCAACAGUUGCUUUGGCUAAAGUUAGAUCUUUUGGGACAGAAGGACGUCCCACAGAAAGACCGGUACCUCCAAGAGAUGAAAUAUUUGAAUAUAUAAUAUUUCGUGGAAGUGACAUCAAAGACAUUACUGUCUGUGAGCCUCCUAAACCUCUUCAUGGCUUGGCUCAUGACCCUGCAAUUGUUCAGUCUUCCUUAGGCAGUUCAUUGUCUCAUCAGCCCUCUGUUUCCUAUAGCCCCUACCGGGGAAUGCCUUCUUAUAGUCACUUGGCUGCCAGUUCCCUGUUGAAUCAACAGUAUGCUGCUGCACUAGGGCUAGGCACAGUUACUCCAGAUUCAGCCGAAAAAGAUCAGACUUCAAACAACGAGAACCGAAGACCACAGAGGCGAAGGCCAGCAAACCGAAGAUUCCGCAAUAGAUGGAAAGGUCAAAUCCUGGUGUCAAAUGUGAAGACUGCUUCUAUUCAAUUUGAGGAUGAUUUUGAUUUUGAAAGUGCAAAUGCCCAGUUUAAUAAGGAAGAUGUAGACAAGGAGCUACAGAGCAAACUUGAUGUAAAAGGUAACCAGGCUGAAAAGGGUGAUGUAGAUGAAAUGAAAGACCUUGGAUUAGAGACCCAGAACACUGUGCUGACAGUUGAAGAUCCUCUUGGACCAAACUGCUACUAUGAUAAAACCAAAUGUUUUUUUGACAACAUUUCAUCUGAGCUUUCAAGGAGAAUAACUUGGGCAGAGGAGAAAAAACUAAACAUGGAAACCUUUGGGGUUCCCGGAAAGCUUUUUCGUGGUAGAGGAUUUCGUGGUGGCCUUCAAGGUGGAAGAGGAAGAGGAAUAGGACAGAGACCUUCAGUUUCCAAAGUGGGAAGUGGAAGAAUUAUAGAUUAAACUAGUAUGCAUAUAGUACAAGGUAUGAUGUCACUCCUUUAAGAAUGGGUACAAGAAAAUGCAGAAUUGUGAAUUUACUUUGCAGAUGAAUCAUGUUAACACAUUGUAUAUAGUACUGAGACGAUGGCACGAAUUGUUUGUACAGACCAAGUGGAGGGGAUUUUUUUGUUUUAAUGACUUGAAUUUUUUGCAAGGUGAUCUUUGUUUGCAUUUUUUUUUUGUCAACUGCAUUUGUUUCCAAAGUAUUUUGAUAUAAUUAGAUUUAAACUGUUCCAACUGCAGUGCAACCUCAAGCAAGCCCCUUAUUAAAAUGUGAAGUGUUUAAUUGGCUACUGUGACAUAAUUGACUAGUAGUCGAGCUUGCCACAUCUGAUAGAAUUGGAAGUCGGAAAUAUAGGUUUCUUCAAAUACUGGAUAGUAACAAUAGGUAUUUUUUAUAAUAUUUUAAAUCUUUAUAGUAACAUGUACCCCUCUGAAUCUUAAGUGGUUAAACUGCAAAAUGCAUUGGCAAGUGUUUGUAUAUAAUGUAUAUUACUGAUUCUGCAUUUCAUAGUGGCAGGAAACCCUCCUCCCCAUGCUGUGGAUUUGUUUUAUUUGUGUAAUGUUUUGUAUUUAAGUGCUUUGCUUAUGAUUACACAGAACAAAACCAGUGUAUCAAGCUGAAAUAGAUUUGCUUUUUUUUUUUUUUCUUUCUAAUGGGGUAAACAAAGGUGCAAUGUAUGAGGAAAUAAUUUAAAACUUGCUCCUGCCAAUAAUAAACUGUUCUGUUCUCC